CAGGCUACAGACAGACAGGCCGCCUCCGGGCCACGCUGGUGCAUAAUGAAACACACCCCUCUUCUCUUCUCUCCACAUUGAGCAACAGCUUCAUCUCUCUGUGUCUGUAGUUAGUUUACAAACUAUGAGUUAGCAACCACCACCGGCAAACCUCUAAUGCACAACGACGGGUGAACAACAGAGACUUGAUUAGACAGCGUUGUGUGGACUCACAUGUAACUACAGCUGUGUCUUCUUUAUUCUGUCGCCAUGUAUAACAGAAAGCGUAAAAGACACUACAAGGAUAUAAAGUGUGUCUUCUUUCCGGAUGAAGUCGAAAAUGGUUUACAGAAAGUGGGGAGAGAGCCAACAUCACUUUCAUCUGUGUCUUCCUCCAAGAGCUGGGAGAGGUGUGGGGACAGUUUUCUGGACACUCCAGUGAUAAAGAACCUCAAGUCAUCAGGAAGGAAACUGUCUGACAUAAGAAAGUUAGCUCAGCACCCUGCUUUAGUGCAGACCGGUGCCGUUAAUGAGGACCCAGUGCACAUUGCAUGGAGCUCCAGUGACAGUGAACAGUCUGAUGAUGAGACCCAGGAGCAGCAACAACGUCCUCAGAGACCAGGGAGACCCACAGCUCCCAUUCAGUCUUACACCAGAGUGCUGCGCAUGCUCAGCGCCGACAAAGAUGACCUUCCUGUUAUUGACACAGACAGUGAUCUGGAUGAAUCCGAAGAAGACGUUGAAAAGGACAGCGGGCAACAAAUCUCUGACUGUGAAUCAGAGUCCUUUGAUGACAAACCAGAAGAUUUACCUUUUAGACCUACAAAUAUGACAGAGCUAGAAAUCUCAGGCUACGUGUCUGACGGCGAGAAUAUUGACGCCACGAUGACUUCGAGCAGACUGGAUUCUCCUCUCCAGACUGGUGUGGGCAGCAAGAGGUCAGUCAGUGACUGGGUCAGAUCUGCUCAGGCGAUGCUGCAGACGCCUCAGAAACCGCAGGCCAAGAGCCAGUUCAAGACUCCUGAAGACUCUGCCAAAAAGAGAAGGAAAUUUCAAAGUGGAGGUCUGGCUGAGAGGCUGAAUCGACUCCAGUGCAGACAGAGGUCAGCUUUUAGCUUCUGGAGGCACCAGUCCAUCUCUGACACCUCAACAACAACAACAAUAACAACAGUGGACAGGCCUGGCGUGCUGGUGCUGGAGGUGCUGAAGGUUCAGGAGGAGUGCAGCAUGCAACUUGCGCACUGUGAGCACCACCGGCCUCCCGGAGAGGGCCACCAGCACAGCGACCCUCCCUCUGAGGAAAGAGCUCAUAUGCUGGUGUUGUUCAACAGAGAGACUGCCACCCAGCUGAUUCCUGCACACGGAGAUAUCGUCCACAUAUACCCGCCAUGGCAAAGUCUUUCUAUUGAGGGCUUCAGCUGUGAUGUUAUCCUGAACACACACUUCAGCCAGAAAGUCUACUCUGCUACCAAACCAGCCGGCAUGUCCGUUCCUAGAAACCUGCUCUCAGCAGAAAAGUGCAACCCGUAUUCUUUGUGUAAGAUAUUUGGAUUACUGGAGGAAAGCAGGACGACAGCGGAGACCGAUGCCAAACAAGUUGCUGCCUCCGAUGCCCUGUGCAGUUUUGGAGGUCCAGGAGUUUUAACAAGACGCUGCCUUUCUCUCCUGGAAGCUAUCGAGGGGCUGGGCCAGGCUGGCUCUGUGGGGCAGGACGUGGAAGUGGUGGUCCAGAGAGUUUACUCCAUCCCUGUGCCAGACUGCUCCCCUGUGUCCAUACUCAAGUCCAGACUUCCCACCAGACCUCCCUCAGCUCCUCCUCCUGCAGAAAAAGGCAAAACCAGGCUCUGUGUGCUUGUCCAGGACAGCUACGGGAUGUUCAGCGUGGUCCAGCUCCAGCUUCUGCCCUGCAAGGACGACCUCCACCAGUACUGCACCAUGUGGCAGGGGAGGACCUGCGUGCUGAGAGGCGUUAAAGUGGUGCAGCGGGUCACUCGAGAAAGGAGCACCAGGCUUUUCAGCUUGAUAGACAGUCUGUGGCCCCCAGUGAUGCCUCUUAAAGAUCAUGGAAACACUCCCAGUAUGUCCAGGGAAAGUAAACCUGCUGGUCCAGCUCCAAGUUUCUGCUACCUGCUGUGUGGUAAGGAGAACUCAGUUGAACCCACCGAUGAGCAAACUGUGUUCCCGCUUUACCUUCCUCCUUCCCAAGAAACCUUACGAGACAUACUGCAGAGUGAACUUAAAACCUGUCGCUGUAGUUUUGUUGCCACUGUUCUGUACAAGAGGAAAAUGCAGAGCAGCGAUGUAGGCCAGUGUGAGGUUUGGUUGGUGCUGACAGACCCCAGUCUUCAGGAGGAGCAGCCAGAGAGGCCGUGCAGGCGAACGGCGGCCCUGUGUGUGAGCACUUCCUGUGUGCUCACUUCCUCUGUCCUCGAAGCACUAAAUUCCCCCUCCGUCUGUCGCAUGUCAUUCAGAGAUGCCGUCAGAGAACAUGGUGUUCUCCAGUGUGUGGAGCAGUCGGUUGUUGAGAUGUCAGUCACACAGUCGCUGUCUGAGCCUCAAGCAAAGACUCUGCCCCAACCUGUGAGACUGGAUCCCCUGAGUCCUGAGAUCACACCCAACUCCGUCUGCUCUCUCUCAGGUGUGAUAGUUGGUGUGGAUGAGAACACUGCUUAUUCCUGGCCUGCCUGCAACCGCUGUGCAAGUGACAACUUAGAGAUGUUAGCUGAAAGACCUCAAAACUUCCACUGUGUGUCUUGUAAGUCGUCGGUGGAGAAGCCGGACACGAGGAUUCAACUGGAAGUGUUCCUGAGUUCUUCGUUAAGUAAUUGCACUUUGAAGGUCAAGCUGCAGCCAAAGACGAUCAUGUCGAUCCUGAACACUGCAGCACUGGAGGGCAAUGAGUUCCCAGGUUACGACGUGGAGAAUGUCCUGGGAAAAGAGGUGGGCCCCCUAGCCGUUUACGUCCGAGUCGUCACCAGGAAACCUGCCCUCUGGAUCGGCCUGGAAGAAAUCUGCCUGUGAAGCUGUCAGGGCAAGUAGCUAAUGAUAUCAAUCCUCAGGCUUCAGUUGGCUCCAAGGAUCUUUGCACACUAGGCCCUCGGCCGGAGCCAGUUCAGCCUCCUCUCCAACCCCCCUUCUGGAGGCCUCCCUGUGACAGCUUGAGGCUGUGCUGAAGUGAACAGCCUGCGAAAGAAGACAAGGUCUUGUUUGUGUUAAUGAUAUGUGAUCCUGUGGGCCAGGAGUUGACAGCCCAAGGGUAGACCAGUGGCAUGCAGUCUGUCAAAGCAGCACACGUGGUUUCAUCAACUUUGGACUUUUUUUUUUAAAGUGGUCUUUUUUCCCUCAACUCAUCUACCUCUUUAUAUUUAAGAUUACUGACUGUGUCAAUAAAGUUGUAUUUUUUGCUGACUCUA